AUGUCGCCCAACGGGGAAGCAUACCUGGUCAAACCCGACGCGCCCGAGGGCAGCGCCCGCUUUCCCCAAGCCCGCUUCGCCCCCAGCACCAGCCACAGGACGCUCUAUGUAUCCGGGACGGCGUGUGUCCGCCCCACUGACGGCACUUGGCCAGGGGUCACGGAGAACGACGACGGCACGCUAACGUUGGACAUCCACCAGCAGACGGCGGCCAUGUUGGACAACGUGGACACCAUCAUCAAGGGCGCCACUGGUGGGAAAGGCGGCGUGAAGAAUGUCAUUGACGCCGUUGUGUACCUCGUGAACAUGGAGAGGGAUUAUGUGGGCAUGAACGAAGAGUGGAACAAGGUGUUCGCAACGCGGGCGAGCGCGCCGGCCAGGGCAACGGUGGGCGUCAAGGACUUGCCUGACCCGCGCAUGAUUGUAGAAGUCAAGGCCACCGCGGUGGUCGACGUCUGA